CAGACUGACUUACAGAGCGAGCAAUUAUGGCAGUGUCCAGCCUACAGUACACUAUGGGGAUAUCCAGUGGUUUCAAAGUAUACAUUCUGGAAGGGCAGCACAGCGCACGGAACGCAGAUAGGCUGCGGCCGCUGACAAACCACGGAAUACCGGUGUACCCCAUUAAGCGCAAACUCAGCCCAGAAACAGUGUCUUCUCCAAAGAGAUGUUGUCCUUCCAGCUUCCAGAGGAGGGAAAAGACCUCCACAUCCCCAAUACACCAGAAGUGUGCCACACGACAGAAGUCCAGCAAUCCUACAGCCUUUGGUCCUCAUAUAACCUUGGAACAUGUUCUGAAGAGGCUGAUGCCUGAACGGAACCCCUUGGAAAGAAACGAGACGCAGCAGAAUGAAGAUCAGCCACUGGCUUUGGUGAAGAGGUUGGAGAAGACCAGCAGACCUCCACCAAUGUCCUCAGCAAUGCUACAACAGAUGAGACCUUCUGUAAUCACCUGCAUCUCCAGGCCUAAGUCAACGACUUCCCCAACUACAGAGACCACCAAUCUUCUGCGGCACUCUGAAGUCCAACGGUCGUCUACAACCUGUUCCGAUGUAGAGGAACAUUUCAAAAGGAGCCUUAAAUCUUACAGCCCCCAGCCAAGCAUCCACUGCCCCCCACCACAGCAGUCUGCCCGCAACUCCGUAGAAGAACAUUUCUCCAAAGCCCUUGGGUCUAGGUGGCUCUUAAUCCGAGCAGCAGCUGAUUCGGCAACCCAACACUAGCUCCGAGACGGAGCCUUGGCGCUGCCAAGAGACUGGAGCCUAUAGACUCUUUCACUCUGUAAUAUAUAUUUAUUGAUAUUUCUUUUUGGAAGCCUGAAGAAUCUGGGUGCAAGCUUACUCUCUGGGGUAGUGGAAGUUAUCUGGUUUACGUAUAAUGUUUGUAUAUUGGAUAAUUGUAUACAGAUACAGAUGUCUUAAUAAAACCGGAUUUUGUUUUACACA